AUGCAACUCAAGAGUAAAAAUGAUGCCUUGCAGGAAGCCUACAAUGGACAACUGGCGAAGAUAAAAGAAUUCGAAAAAACAAGCGAUCCGAUUACGAAAACGAAGGCAAAAGUUGUGGAAAACUUGGAAGAGCAGAUUGAAAAUCUAAAAGCCGCGACAGAAAAAUUAAUGAAAAUUAUAAAAGAUCAAACGGAUCUAGAAGAGCCUAGGCAGUUAAAGGCUAAAAUUUAUGAGCUGUGGACUCAAAAAGAAAAGCUACGUAAAAGAGUAGAAAACGGUGAGAUGGAGCGCAACAGGCUACAAGAGGAGCUUGAGAAGUACAUCAACUCCAGAAGGCGCGUUUUCUCGCCAACCGGAGAGCAAUUUGGUGGAAACUGCCGUGGUGUCAUAUGCUUCUUGAAGAGAGAAGCCUCGGCUAAGCUGGUAGCUAACAGAUCCACCGAUUACAUUGGAAAUGUGAAUGACAUACUUAACCAUGAGACGGCCACCAUCAGUGGGACAGAGGAUAAGGAAAAUUCAUGGUGGUCCAUCGAUCUGGGCUUACGCUAUCGGCUUAUAAUCACAAACUGCUCUUUGAGGGACGGUAAUAUGUAUGGAAAGUUAGCACCUAUAAAUUGGAAACUAGAGGGAUCUAAUGAUGGAGAGAAAUGGGAUAGUCUUGAAACUAUUCACAUGAAGGAUUCACAGUGUAUGUGCAGAGACACAUCUUUGUAUCAUACGAGAAUUUGGUCUGUUGUAGGGGAAAUAGCGCCUUUUCGUUUUUUUCGAAUUUUCCAGACAGGUACAAAUUCCUCUGGCAGCAAUGGAUUAUAUCUAUCUGGAAUUGAGCUAUAUGGAAUACUUCUAAACAUUUGA